CCCCGGGCAGGGCUGAUCGCGCCGCUGGAGCCGCCGCUCGCUCGGGCGUCCCCCGGGGCCAGGCGCGAAGCGGUGGCGCCGCCGGGUUGCCAAGGCGCUCCUGGCCGUGCGUCAAGCCGAGCGCAGCUGCUCCAGCCCCGCCGUGCGCCAAAGCCAGGAAGGACGGGCGAGCGGGCAGGAGCCAGGGAGGAACGGAGCCGCCGGGGCCUCCUCCGCCAAGGGCGCCCGCUCUGCACCGAGGAGAUGUCUGAUUCUCAGGGGGAAGAUGAGCGGAACGGCACGCCUGAGGCCCCUGCUGCGCCAAAGGAGCCCUCUCGAAGCCGAUGCCCCCUGUGCACGCAGCCUUUCUCGGCUCCCCGAAUCCUGCCCUGCUUGCACACCUUUUGCACCGCCUGCCUGGGACGGCUGGAGCCCUUCUCAGACCUGGCCUUGCGCCACGAGGACUCGGAUUCUGGCUCAGAUGGGUCUUGGCUCCGUGGCCAGCAGCAGAAUCACCAGCCGCCGCCACCGCUCAGCAUCCUCUGCCCGGUCUGCGACACUGAAGUCGAUCUGCCCCCGGGCGGGGUCGAGGACUUGCCCACGGACCACGUGGCCCUGAACGAGGCGUUGCUGGAGGCCCUGCGAGGGGCGGGCCUGGGCGUCGCCUGCGACCUCUGCGCGGAUGGGGAGGCCGUCAAGCGGUGCCAGGCCUGCCGGCUCUGCCUCUGCCACUUUUGCUGCCAGGCUCACAAGAGGCAGAAGAAGACCGCUUCUCACGCCGUCGUGGAGCUGCGGGACCUGAAGGGCUACACCCGCCUGGAGAAACCCAUCCACUGUCCUGCCCACCCUUCAGAGGAGCUGAGGCUCUUCUGCGAGCGCUGCGACCGGCCCGUGUGCCAGGAGUGCGUGGUCGGGGCCCACCGGCAGCACCCUUACAACAUGGCCGCCAACGUCAUCCACAAGCACGGGGACUCGAUCCGGGAGCUCGUGAAGGUCACCCAGCGGCACGUGGGAACCCUGCGGGGGGGCCUGAGCCGGAUCGAAGAGGUCGGAGAGAGCCUUGACCGCCGAGCAGAGGCCGUGGCCCUGGAGAUCCGCGCUUUUGCCGAUGGGUACAUGAGGGCCGUCGAAGAGCACCGGGACAGGCUGCUGCGGACGCUGGAGGAGCUGAGAGUCCAGCGGGAGACUCAGCUGCAUUUGCAGAAGGCCCAGCUGCAGCAGCUGCUGCAGGACAUGCAGACGGGGGUGGACUUCACCGAGCGGCUGCUCACCAGCGGCUCGGACCUGGAGAUCCUUCUCACCAAAGGGGUGGUGGAGAACCGGCUGCGGGGGCUCAAUUAUGUGGACUAUCACCCCCACCCUGUCGCUGACGACAGGAUCCAGUUCUCUCCUCACGAGAGGGGGGCCCUCAUUCAGAGCUAUGAGAUCUUUGGGGUCGUUCUCAACAGAGCCACUGAUCCAAGCAAGUGUGUCGUGAAAGGGAAAGAUGUUGCCGGCCUCCGUCGGAGUGAGCCUGUUGGCUUGAUGCUGCUGUGUAAGGACGGGUCAGGCGAGCGGGUGGAGAGAGGUGGAGAGCCCGUCCGAGUGACCGUUUCCCACAAAGAGAGGAAAGACUGUGCGACCAAGGCCAUCAUAUGUGACAACCAAGACGGGACAUACCACAUUACUUUCACCCCUGAGGAGCCGGGCAGAUACACCAUCAGCAUCUUUGUCAGAGGGCAACAUGUGCAGGGAUCCCCGUUCACCAUGGCGGUGAAGAACAAGCUCCGUCAGCACCGCGGCCUCUUCCACUGCUGCACCUUCUGCUCCAGCGGAGGGCAAAAAGCAGCCCGGUGUGCUUGCGGGGGAACCAUGCCUGGAGGCUACCAAGGCUGUGGUCACGGCCACAAAGGCCACCCGGGCUCACCUCACUGGUCGUGCUGCGGCAACGUCGCGGAAGCGUCCGAAUGCUCCAUCAAGCAGCCCCAUGAGGAUUCUCUGCAAAGAAGCCUCCUCAGAACUGUGGCACUGUGAGCGCGCACGGGGGGGGGGGCUUGGUGGGGCAGGGUGCGUGGUGCCGUUCUACCACGGCAGCAGAGCUUCGGCCAACAAGAAGUCGCCCCCUGCUCUGGUCUGAAAUGCUGAACGGGGAAGACGACGCAAGAGAAAAUAAAG